GGCCAGCGUCGGGGCGGGGCCGGCGGCGUCAGGUGUCUUAGCAACGGCUGGCGGAAGGGAAUAUCUGCGGCUGUUGGGUAGCCUGGACCCGCCAUGGAGUCGGAAGUGGCGGAUACAGCCAACCCCAUUUCAGGGGAAAGCGACAGCUUGGCUCUGGAUGUAGAACUAUACGACACGGACGUCUAUGACGUCCCGGACCCCGGGCUGCUUAAGGAGAAGAAUGAGCCGUCGUUAUCGGAGACGCAGCAGGCCUUGCGCUACUUUACUACCCACCCGCAGUGGCGCAUCAUGCCCGUGCGCGCCCGAGCCCGCCAGCUGUGGCUCCUACUGCGCACAGGCCUCCACGGCAUCGUUGAAAAGGAGAAGACAGCCGAGCUGCACGUGGCGCGCUUGGUGCACGGGCUGGAGCCGCUGCGCCGCCUGGAGUUGGCCGCAGGGCUGCGCUCGGUGGCCCAGGACCCGAUGGGCAGUCGCUUCGUGGUGCUAGACGGUGGCGGGCCGCCUGCAACCUGCACAGAGGACGGCUGGGCGCUCGAGAAGCUGCCGGCCCCCGUCGCGCUCACGGGGCUGGUGACUGUCCCGGGCCCACUGGGUGACGUGGGCCGCUUUGUGGGUGGGCCCCGCGGGGCUGGCUAGACUAGGGACCGAUUCAGGCUGUUGUUGCUGAGCGAGCCGGGAGCGGGCAGGAGGCAGGGUCGCGAGCCCGUCUCCUGCCUGCCUGUGCCCCGCCGGCUACUGCUGGUGGCCCGAGGCAGGCGAAGCCUGGCGCUCUGGAGGUUCCGGUUCGGGUCUCGCCGCCUGGUGCAGUGCGGGUGCCGCUGCCCGCUGCCGCCGCCCGUCGGCCCCGCGGGUGCGCUCACGAGCCUGGCUCUGGGGCCCGCGCGGCGCCACCACGCCCCGCGCUGCUUCGCGGCCUACGGCUCGACGGUGCUCGCCGUGGAUCUGCACACCUGGGCUCUCGUAGAUGUGCGCCGGGAUCUGCACAAAAUCACCAUCUCCGACCUGGCGUACUGCGACACGGCGGAGGCCAUGGUGACGGCUUCCCGAGACAGCACGGUGAAGGUGUGGGAGGCCAACUGGCAGAUCCGGAUGGUGUUCGUGGGCCACACAGGCCCAGUGACGGCUCUGACCGUGCUCCCCAACACGGCCCUGGUGUUGUCCGCUUCGCAGGACCGGACGCUGCGCACGUGGGACCUGCAGGCGGCGGCGCAGGUGGGCGAGGUGGCGCUCUGUCCCUGGGGCCCGGGGGACGUGGCGUCCGGGCGUGUGAGCCGUCUGCUGGCGCCCGCCAGGCCGGACUGGCCCGUGUUCUCGCUGAGCGCGGGAGCCGUGGAGCUGUGGCGGGUGCGCGAGCUCUACUCACCGCUGGCGCAGCUGCCGGCGCCGGUGCUCCACUUGCAGGUGGCGGCCCCACUACCCGCGCCCGCGCCGCUGCCCACGCGCCUCGUGUGCGCCUGCGCCAACGGCUCCGUCUGCCUGGUGUCGGCCUCCACCGGGCGCACGGUGAGCGCGCUGCUGCUCGGGCCGGAGGACUGCGCGGCCGCCGUGGCCUACUGUCUGCCGCGCGAGGUGCUGUGGCUGCUGACGCGCGCCGGGCAGCUGGUGCGCGCCAACGCGGCGCGCUGUCCCAUGCACGUGCUGCACCGCGUCUGCCCGCCGUCGUCCCCGGCGCCGCGGCCCUGCUGCCUGCACCUCUACAGCCACAUCACAGACCUCGCGAGCGCGCGCUCCACCUGGGAGGUCGUGCGCCAAAACGGGGGCGAGCUGGGCCGCAGCGACAUUGCCGGGGCCUGGACGGACAAGAACCGGUACCUGCCGGUGGUGGGGCGCACGGACGGCGCGCUGGUGGUGCUCGACUGGCGCUCGUCGCGGCCCGUUUUCCACACCGAGGCUCACAGUCCGGGCCCCGUCACCGCCAUUGCGUCCACUUGGAACUGCAUCGUGUCUUCGGGCGGAGACCUGACGGUGAAGAUGUGGCGCGUCUUCCCGUACGCCGAGGAGAGCCUGAGCCUGCUGCGCACCUUCUCCUGCUGCCACCCGGCCGUGGUGCUUGCCGUCGGCACUCGCGUCACCGUGGGCUUUGAAGCCCCGGCCAGCGCCACCUAUGGCCUGGUGCAAUUCGGCCUGGGCAACCGCUGGCGCUUUGAUCACCGGCCCCAGGACGACCCCACGGAUCACAUCACCGGCCUGUGCUGCUGCCCCACGCUCAAGCUGUACGCCUCCUCCAGCCGGGACUGCACCAUCCGCAUCUGGACCUCGGAGAACCGCCUGCUGCGGCUCUUGCAGCUGAAUGGCGCCCCCCAGGCCCUGACCUUCUGCAGCAACAGUGGAGACCUCGUGAUGGCACUGGGCUCCCGCCUCUGCCUGGUGGCCCAUACGCUCUACCUGCCUACUUCCUACCUGGUGAAGAAGCUGUGCCAGGAGGUCCCUGAAGUGGUGGAUGACCCCCCGCUGCUGCUGACCAGCCAAGAGUCGCCGUCCUCGGCCCAGCUGCAGAGGCUCGCCGGCCUGCAUGGGGCGGCCAGCCUUAGCGUGGCGCUGUCUCCUAUCCGUCACCAGAAGGCGAUACCUCAGCGGCCGGUGUUAGAGGAGGCCAUUGAAGCCCUAGCUGCCCGGGACCACGAUCUUCGGCAGCUGAGGCUGGGGCUGGUGGUCCCAGCAGCCCGGCCCCCACUGUCCUGGCAGCAGCGCCAGGAAGCCUUUGACAACUACCUGCAUCUGAUUUACGGCUCUGGCCUACGGGUGGGUGCCAGGCCUUCCCCAGCCCCAGCCCUGCCCCUCCCUGGGCAUCAGGGACUUCAGUGCCAUCCAUCUUCCCCCCAACACCCCUCCCCGGGGAUGUGGCCCAGAAGGGCAACCCAGCAGUGGAACAAUGUGACUCUCCCUGCGGAGAGAGAUGCCAGCCACGUGCUCAGGCGCGCUGGGGUCUGCCCCGAGCCUCAGACGGGGGGCGAACCCUGGGUCGUCUUGCCCGUCCCAUUUCCCUCCCAGAGUGUGCACAGCAAGGCAUCCCAGCUGCUGGCCGGCUCCUCCCCGAGCUGCGACCCGGGCCUCGGUCUCGACCUGCAGCUGCAGUCAGAGCGGCUCCAGCGGGAGAAGCAGGUGGCCCUGGGCCCACCAUCCUCCCGCCUGCAGUCCAAGACCUCGCUGAAGAAACGCCGCCGGGAGCCGCUGUCACAGUUCAGGGGCUUCUUUCCUGCCACCAUUUAUCUCCGAGACCAGGUGAGAGCCCCCUCCUGGCUCUUCCCAGAGGCAGCUCCUCUGGGGGAUGCACCUUCUUGCCCACCUCAGCUCCCCAGAUCUGAGCUGGGGACCAUGUGCACCUGUGGCCCCCCACCCCCUCCCCUGCCUGGCCACCUCCUGGGGCUCCCUGCUGCUGUGCGUCAGGGGCUGGGGACUCCCGGGGUGGACGUGGGGCAGAUGGAGCCAGAGCCCCCGCCUGCUGGUUGUGCCUGCACACCGGCCCUUGUCACUGAAAGUGGGGAUCCCCCGGAGGCAGGGUCCCUGCUCUGCUGGAGUCAAUCCAGGGGAGUUAGCCCUAUACAGUCACUCCUUCCAACUCCCCCGUCUCUGCCCUGGGGCUGGAGGUUGGGGUCCCGCGGGGCCCACACGGGGAGUGUCGGGGCUUCCCUCCCGUUGCUCACCGCAACUGAGACCUCCCUGACUGCUCUUGCGCCCGCGUAUGUGUGUUGGGAGGGCCAGGGGAGUUGGGGGGUGGGCGCCGCAUUCAGGCCGUUGCACCCCCCACAGUGCAUCCCGCAGCCCAUCCACUUCCCCGGCUUCGUGCCCAACUCAGCGGUGCUGCAGAGGCUGUGGCUGAGGGCGGAGCUGGACGGCCCCGGAGCCCUCGCCCAGCUGGUCCCCAAGAGGCCACCCAAGUUAGGCGCGGGCCAGGACGACUUCUGGCUGUCGCGGAGCAGCAGGCGACACGGGGCUGCGUGGCAGCGGAAGCUGGUGCAGUGGCUGGGGGAGAAGCUCGGGGCCAAGCAGCCGGAGGAGGAGGAGGAGGAGGAGGAGGAGCUGGACUGGAGCCUGCCUUCCCUGAGCACGGAGGACACGCCCUCGGAGGAGUCGCUGGAGCCUUCCGGGCAGGGGGCGCCGAGCUUCCCGGACGAGAUGGCAACACCGCCGGAGCCCGGCGACGCCGCCGCCCCCUCUGCGCGCUAUUCGGGGUGCUCGCUCUGGGAAGAGCGCUUCAAGCAUCUGCCCAGCUUCCUGCGAUUCUUCCUCUGCCAGAACUGGUUCAAGACGCUCUUCCCCCUCUUCACUCUGGAGGCCUACCCAGAGGUGGGCACGGUGGAGGGCCUGGCCUCCCUGCUGGUGGACGCGCUGGAGGGGGCCUCCUGGACCGACGGCGUGAACAUCCUGAGUGCGCUGCUGAGGCUGCUGCCCGACGUGAGCAGCGACCUCCUGGGCCGGCUGCAGCGCCUCCUCGUGCGCCUGCUCAACCGGGACCGGCCCCCCAGCCUGCAGGACGCGACGCAGAGGCAGUUCGUGGUGCUGGCGCUGCAGCUGCUCCUGGCCUGCUCUCUGGAGCCCUGGGACGUGGUGCUGGAGCUUCUGACCUACUUCCUCUACUCGCCCGCCGCCUGCCAGCCGGAGAUCAAGAAGCUGCUCAGGGGGCUGGGGCUCCAGGACCCCCACGGCUUCCUGUUCAGGGAGAUGAUGACCUGGGUCCAGAGCCCCGAGUUGAGCUCCAAGGCCUUGCUGCGCAGUCGCUGUGGCCAGAAACUGGAGGACAUGGUCCACAAGCUGCAGGUCUGGGCGGGGAGCGGGGCGGGCCACCUGCCGCCGCUGCAGCCUCUUGCCCCACCCCCCGCCCCCCACAGGGUUCCCCGAGGCCCUGGCUCCGCGCUGCCUGCGUGCGCCUCGGGGACCUCGCGGGACCUCGCGGCUCCUCCCUGGCGAUCUAUGCAGGGCCUCCCUGUCGGGGUGGGGGCUCCUCUCCCUUGGCCCGGAGCUUGGUCGGGAGGGAGCCCCGACGCUGCUGCCCGGAGCUCUAAGGAGCCGAGGACGCCUCCUGGAGCAGCCACCGCCCCACAGAUGGAAACCUGGUCGCUGGGUCCAGCCAAGUUGUCCGUGAUGCAGCCGAAGGUCUCGGAGUCCUCGGAGCUUUUCUCGAUUGUCCCCAAGGAGCUCUCGGCCACGCCCUCCCGCGUCUCCGAGACGCUCUCACAGGUGCCGGUGACGCCCGCGCUGACGGCCUCAAUCCGGGAGCCGCAGGUGCGCGUCUGGCGGACGCGGCGCACUCUCUCGGAGUUGCUGCAGCCCUUCUGCGCCUUGCCGGGGGUCCCCGCGCGCAUCUCCGCCCCCGCCGCGCUGCCGAGCGCGCCGCUGCCCCUCCAGCAGACGGCCCUGGUCACACCGGAGGGAUGCUGGACCUGGAGGCCCAUCGACGUGCUCAACUACUUCUGCGAGCGGCAGCAGGUGCGGCGCGGAGGCCUGCUGCUGGAGGAGGAGGAGGAGCCGCACGGCCCGCGCUCGCGGGUGCCGGACACGGUGGUGCGGCGGCCCCUGGACGUCAGGCACCGCCCCAUCCCGCGGCUGCAGGAGGCCAAGGCCCUGCCCCUGAGGAGCCCGAGGGGCCCGCCACUGCCGCUGCGCUCCGCGGGCCGCUUCCUGGGCGGCUCCAUCCGGACGCUGAAGCUGCCGCUGCCCCGGGUGGAGCCGCAGCCCUUCCCCCCCGACUGGCCCAGCCCGGCCCGCCCGCUGCCCCCGCUUCCCCUGCAGCCUGCCCUGCAGCGCUACUUCCUGCCCAGGGACACAGACCCCGACAGCUACCGCUGACCCGGCCCCGCGGCCUCCCCUGCCCACCAGCCUGGCCACACGCCCUCUGCCCGCCCUGGAAUAAAGCUCAGAGGCGGCCCCCAGCACACCCGUGCCACCUCCGUCUUUGGGGGCGCCUUGCGUGAGGGGGGAGGUGGGGUGCACAGACAGCGGGGUCUGAGCCUGUCUUCCCUGAGGGGUGUCCCCGCUAGCUCCCCCCACCAACGGCUGUCGUUACUGGGUGCCAGGACUGGGGGAGGCAGACCCCAAGACAGCUCCCAGGGCCUGCGAGUGGCAGGUGCUGCGUGGGAAGGGGACAGGUGGGGGGUUCACUCUGUGAGAUGAGAUGUCUGGGGUGGGGGGCUGCAGAUGCGUCCCUCCGGGCCUCAGUGGGGAGGCGCCGUCACCCCUGCAGCUCUACUGGACGAGGGCUCCCCCUGUUUUACAUUCUUGUGUAGGUUGUCUGAGUUUUUUCCAGCCUCCCACUUCAGUUUCUCCUCAGCGCCUUCUGCACCUCCCUGGGAAUCCGCCAACCACACAGAAGCUCUUAGUCAUGGGGCUGCCGAGUGGCGGCCCUUUCCGAGGCCAGGCAGGGCGGCAUUUGCUGGAAUGAAAUCAGAAUGCCCUCGAGGAUGGAGUUGGUUAGGGUGAGGCCACACAUGCCCACGCAGGCUGACUGGCAACGCGAUAAGCAGAGGAAGCUGGACGUGGAAGGAGAAGCCAUGAGGAGCAUCCGGAGGCUGAGGUCAACGGAACCUGGAAGGA